AUGCUGAAGGAAAAGCUUAAUCUGAUGGAGUCGCUGAAAGUAAUAGCUAAAUUGAGUGAGCCUACUGAAUGGGUUAAUUCACUGGUAGUUGUGCACAAACCAAGUGGCCAACUGAGAGUGUGCAUGGAUCCUAAAAAUCUAAUUAAGGCUAUCCAACGUGAGCACCAUAAGCAACCAACAAGGGAUGAAAUAUCGCCGAGGUUCAGUGGAAGCAGAUAUUUCUCCAAAUUAGACUGUCGAAGUGGAUAUUGGCAACUAGAACUUGAUGAAGCCAGCUCGAAACUGUGCACAUUUAACACUCCAUUUGGGCAAUAUCGCUACUUGAGACUACCAUUUGGUGUAUCAUGUGCAAGUGAAAUCUUUCAAAAGAAAAUGAAAGAACUAUUCGAAAAUAUAGAUGGAGACACAGUGCACCAGAUAGCUUGCGAAGGAAGUCCGAGUAUACAGAUAUCUACCAUUGAAAAGCACAACAAGACGUUGGACCACGAGAACGGCAGGAUUCCUAGGAAACAUGGUCUGGAAUUAAAUUGUGAAAAGUGCUUGCUCGGAGUGAAUGAGAUUACGUUCAUAGGAGACACUUACACAGAUAAGGGAUUGAAGCCUGCUCAGAAGAAGAUAAAGGCAAUCACUAAGCUAGAGCGUCCAGAAAACCGUACUGGCUUGUAA